GGAGCUUUUGCAGCUGGCAUUUCAAGUUCAAGAGAUUCUCUUCCAAAACAAAAACACUCAAGAAAGUCUCCAGAAAAUUAGGAUUCCUCAGUGGAAAUCAUCUAUUUUGAUCAUCGGGGGGAGAGGAAACCAUAAAUCAUUAAGAUGCUGCCCUCGUUGGUGAGAAUGAGCUUUAUGAGACUGGUAUGCCCACCAAAAGUUUCUAUACCAUAUAGCUUUAGUUUGAGACUUCUUUCCGGAAGUUCGUGUUUGAGACAGAAAGAUACACCAAAUUCACCGGCUACGACACCCACAGAGCCCGGAAAGGACUCUACAGCAGGCACCAAAAAGACAGUGUCUAUGACUCAAGCCUACAAGCCCGAUGAUUUUGAGAAGCGCAUCCUUGUAUGGACGAAAAAGUACAAAAGCAUUGAGGAUGUUCCUUCGUACGUGAGCCGGGAAGAGAUGGAGAAGAGUCGCAGCAAGAUGAGGAUUCGUAUAUCUAAUUACAUGAUUAUAGCUACUCUUGUAGGAUGCAUCAUUAUGGGUAAAUUUCUUCCACUCGUGUACAGUGGGAAGCAGGCAGCUGAACGAGGAGAUACUGUAGCUAAGAUGAAUAUGGAUUGGCAUGCUGAUCUCAAGGAUCAAAAGAAACGCGAAGAUGAAGCUGCUCUGGCUAAAGCGUACAAUACAAAAUAAUUGAGAAUUUUCAUCUCUGGCGACAUCCUGAAUUCUUUCCUUCAGGAAACAUAGCAAAACAAUGUAAAUAAAUAUUGUCUGUACAGUUGGAAGCUUGCAAAGCUCACGAUAUAUAAAUA